AUGAGUAUGGAUAAUAAAGUUUCAAAUAAUAGUAAUAACAAUAAAGUCAAAAUAAAGCAACAAAAAGAUACAGAUAAUGAAACAGAAAAAAAACAAACCAUCGAAAUUGUUACCCAUUCAUCCAAUGUUACAAAUUUAAUUGACUCAUGGUUAUUAGGAUCAUCGUUUUUAGAUAAAUAUAAAGAAGAGGAUAACGAAAAUGAAAAUGUUUUAUCAAAAUAUACAAUGGAUAGCAAUAAAUCAAUUUCGAAUGACCCAAAUCAAAAUAUACAUGUAAAAAAUAGUUCACCAUUUCAUUUAUUAGAUAACAACAACAACAACAAUAAUAAUAAUAAAAAUAAUAAAAACAAUAACAACAAUAAUAACAAUAAUAAAAACCAAAAUAACAAUAGUAACAAUCCUGUUAAAAAAGGUGAGAUUACAGCGGCUACAAAAAAUCAAUUAGAUAAUAUUUUAAAUAGUAAUAAUAAAAAACAAAAAAAUUUUAUAACAAGCCAAAAUAACAAUCAUUUAUUCAGAUCCCAUCCAUAUUCAAAGAAUUCAAAAAAUAAUAACGAUGAUGAAAGCAGAAGGUCUUCAAUUGGUAAACUAAGAUCCAAUAAUACUCCCAAAAAGAUUGGAAUGUGGGAUUAA